GGGUACCAGCGCCUCGACUUCUCUCCCUGGAACACUGUCCAAACUCCGAGGGCCAUAGGCAAAGCUGAGCGAUGGGUGCUGAGGAAGAGGUGCUGGUCACACUGUCAGGGGGAGCCCCCUGGGGCUUCCGACUUCAUGGGGGAGCCGAGCAGAGGAAACCCUUACAGGUGUCCAAGAUCCGAAGAAAAAGCCAGGCUGGCAGAGCAGGACUCCGAGAGAGGGACGAGCUUCUGGCCAUCAACGGGGUCUCCUGUACCAGCCUUUCUCAUGCCAGUGCCAUGAGCCUCAUUGAUGCCUCAGGGAAUCAGCUUGUCCUCACUGUGCAGCGGAUAGAGGGUGAGGGGCCUGUGCGAUCUCCAUCCCCUGGUGAGCUUCAGGUGUUAUCACCCUUAUCGCCACUGAGUCCUGAGCCUCCUGGUGUUCCAGUUCCGCAGCCUCCUCAGCCUGGGAGCCUCCUCUCACCCCCUGACAGUGAGGCUUACUACGGAGAGACAGACAGUGAUGCUGAUGGCCCUGCCACCCAGGAGAAGCCCCGCCGACCCCGACGCCGAGGCCCCAUGAGGCCCUCCCCUCCAGGAGCCCAACCUGAUGAGAUCUACCUGUCUGAUAGUCCUGCAGAGCCAGCACCUGCCAUCUCUGGCCCCGCCAGCCAGGGUGAUAGCCGUGUGAGCUCCCCAUCUUGGGGGGAUGUGGCAGCCCUUCAGCCACCCCCAGCUGAGGCUCUGCUGUUGCCCCAUGGCCCCCUACGGCCUGGCCCUCAUCUCAUCCCUAUGGUGGGGCCUGUUCCCCACCCAGUGGCAGAAGAUCUUACUACCACCUACACCCAGAAGGCCAAGCAAGCCAAACUUCAACGGGCAGAGAGCCUCCAAGAGAAGAGUGUGAAGGAGGCCAAGACCAAAUGCCGUACGAUAGCAUCUCUACUAACCGCAGCUCCCAACCCCCACUCCAAGGGGGUGCUUAUGUUUAAGAAACGGCGGCAGAGAGCCAAGAAAUACACCCUUGUGAGCUUCGGGGCUGCAGCCGGAACAGGUGCUGAGGAGGAAGACGGUGUCCCUCCAACCAGCGAGUCAGAGCUGGACGAGGAAGCCUUCUCCGACGCCCGCAGCCUCACCAACCAGUGUGACUGGGAUAGCCCCUAUCUGGACAUCGAGCUGGCUAGGCCAAGCACAGGUGCACCAGGUGGCCAGGGCGCAGGGCUGGGAGGGCAGCUGAGUGAGGCCUCUGGGCGAGGGGCCCAGCUCUUUGAGCAGCAGCGCUUGCGCUCAGCCUCACGCACUCAGGAGCUGGCCGAGGACGGCCCAGCAGCCAUGCUCAAGGAGCAGGGCCUACAGUCAUCACCUCGGGCCAAGAGUGCUCCCCUGGAGACAGCUGUGCUCCCAUCCAGCCCUUCCCCGGCCGCUGUAGCCCUUCCCAGACCCUUCCUCCCAGGCACAGGGGUCUCUACCCCCACUCCAAGCAUCUUUAACCGAUCAGCCAGGCCCUUUACCCCAGGCUUACAAGGGCAGCGUUCAGGUACCACCUCAGUGAUUUUCCGGCCCCUAGCCCCCAAGCGGACGAAUGAAACCCUGGGAGGCCUCGGCCUCGCCCCACCGCCCUUGUGCUCUUUACAGGGGCCCACCCCACUGCCCAGCGUCACCUCAGGGGUUCCCAGCCUUGUGUCAGCCUCCGGUUCCCCCAGCACCCCACGCUCCUCGGGUCCCGUAACGGCCACCAGCUCCCUGUACAUCCCAGCCCCCAAUCGUCCUGUUACCCCAGGCGGGGCCCCAGAGCCUCUCCCUCCCCCUAAUGCGGCUGCCAUGACCUCCACCGCUUCUAUCUUCCUGUCGGCACCUCUGCGACCCGCUGCACGCCCAGAGGAGUCCGCCCCAGGACCCGCGGCCUCUGAGCCCCCCAGCGCUCGAGAGCAGCGCAUCUCUGUGCCGGCUGCCCGCACGGGCAUCCUCCAGGAGGCCCGGCGUCGGGGAACCCGGAAGCAGAUGUUUCGGCCGGGAAACGAGGAGACAAAGAACUCGCCGAACCCCGAGUUACUAUCGUUGGUGCAGAACCUGGAUGAAAAACCCCGGGCUGGAGGUGGUGAAUCUGGUCCAGAGGAGGAUGCUCUAAGCCUCGGGGCUGAAGCCUGCAACUUUAUGCAGCCACCAGGGGGCAGGAGUUACAAGACCCCGCCUCGCGUGACAUCUAAAACUCCACCUCCAAUGACUCCCAAGACCCCGCCCCCUACGACUCCUAAGACUCCACCCCCAGUUGCUCCUAAACCCUCCUCUCGAGGGCUUCUUGAUGGGCUAGUGAAUGGGGCAGCCCCUUCGGCUGGAAUACCUGAGCUACCAAGGCUUCAGGGCAGGGGUGGGGAGCUGUUUGCCAAGCGGCAGAGCCGAGCAGACAGGUAUGUGGUGGAAGCUACACCUGGUCCUGGCCUUCGCUCUGGCCCUCAGCCCAGAAGCCCAUCCCCUACUCCCUCACUGCCCCCUUCCUGGAAAUACUCACCCAACAUCCGUGCCCCACCUCCUAUUGCUUACAACCCAUUACUCUCACCCUUUUUCCCGCAGGCUGCCCGAACUCUCCCUAAUAAGGCCCAGUCCCAGGGAGCUCGGGCAACCCCCAAACAGGGCAUCAAGGCUCUGGAUUUCAUGCGGCAUCAGCCCUACCAACUUAAAACUGCUAUGUUCUGUUUUGAUGAGGUUCCCCAGACUCCUGGCCCUACCUCCUUAGAGCCCUCCAAAACUGCCCGAGUCCAAGAGAUCCGCCGAUUUUCCACUCCAGCACCUCAGCCCACUGCAGAACUCCUGGCCCCUACUGUGCUUGCCCCCAGAGCAGCCACUACAUUGGAUGAGCCCGUCUGGAGGACAGAGCUGACCUCAGCCCCUGUCCUUAGCCCAGCCCCUCCUCCAGAGUCUCCCAGGGGACUUGGGACCUCUCCCAGUUACUGUGGCUUCCAGGUAGCCAGGCCCCGAUUCUCAGCCACUAAAACAGGAUUGCAGGCUCAUGUGUGGAGGCCUGGGGCAGGCCACCAUUGAGCCGGGCCCAGCUCCCAGGACCAAGGAGAGGUGGAACAUCCACUUCCUAAAGUUGCUUCUCCUACCCAUCCCACACCCUCUCUCAGGCAUCUAGAGGGUAAAUUCCUCCUGCCAGAGAGAGUUUUGGAGUUGGUGUCCCAUCCCCUAGCUUCUUCCUGGCUCCCAAUCUCCCUGCAGCUUUCCAACCUGUGAUCUCUGCUUCAGGAUCUGUGUUUCCCUUUGUCUCUGUAGUUCCUUGCCUGGAUCUCUGUCUCUAUCUCAGUCUCUACACACAUAUUCUUCCUCUGGUGUCUGUUUCUCUACAUUGGUCAUUUUCUCUGUGGGCCUCAUUUUAACAUUCAGUGAGAAACACAGAGAAGCAACUGAGGCCUCAGGCAGGAAGCUUACCACCAGGCAGGCUUGCAAAGGGACUGAACUGACCCCUCUUUACACUAAAUUACUUACUACUCCAAACUCUUCUUUCCCAAGCUAGGCUGGCAUAUACCUAAGACGUGUGUGUGCAUGUGUGCGUGAGUGCUCAAGUGUAUUUUGUGUGUGUGUGUGUGUGUGUGUGUGUGUGUGUGCAUGUGUGAGCAUACAGAUGUGUUCUUCUGUCUGAGAUGAGUAAGAGGAGAGGUCUAAAUAAAGACCCAGUGUGGAACUUAUCCUUGCACUGAUGAAAGAAGGGUCAGAUAUCCUACAUGGAUAAUCUAGUGUGGGGAAAGAGGAUCAUCUGUAGCAGGUGUAUAGCAUCCUGUGAAACUCAUAAAGGAUGAGAAGGCUUGAAGGGCCAGGGCAGUUUGUAUGGGCUGUUAUACCAGCUAGACAAGAAAUAGAAGUAAGAAUUGUAUUCCUCUGGAUUUCAGAAAGUUAGCAACUUGAGAGGCACAUGCUGAGCAACAAGCAUUCGAGAAGUGCAAAAAGAAAAAAUUUUCCUUGAGAAUGAAAAAAAUCAUUGGCUUAAUUGCUUCACAAAACUAAGACAGAAAGGAGGGAGAACAGAGCCAUGGUGUGGAUAGUGAGGCAGAAACCAGGAACAGAGCAGAAAUGGAUGAAAUGGGGCCACAGAGAGAAGCAUAGGGAGAGAAUGCAGUGUUGACAGAGAGUAGACUUGGGUAACAAGGAACCAACUGUAUACAAGAGGGGGACUGGGGAAAAAUGUGAAAGGGAAGAAUGUAUUUGUUUCAGUGAAAGGGGAUGAUGGUGGGGGGAUGUGAGAGUGUGCUGAGUGUUGAAAGAAUAGUUGGUACCUGUGCUACCUCCUUUGCCUCUGUCCCUGUGUUCUGCAGCUUGUCAUGACUACCUAGGAAAGGGCAAGGAAAAACCUAGAGCCAAAACCUCUUUUCAGUCCUAUCCCAUCCCUCAAACCCUAGUUCUUGUUUCUUUUCAGCUUCAGGCCCUGAUCUUGAUCCUAGAUAAGUAGGAGUCCCUCCUCACCGUGACCACUACCAAUCACAUUUGCUGCUUGAUCUGGAAAUUGAUUCCUUUGCAUAUUGGGUGUGAGUCACACUAUUUUGGUUUGUGCACAAUAAUAAACUUAUGCCCCUACCUUC